AUGGCCUCGAUCGCGCGUUUCACAGAAAGCCCACACGACACGCUCACCGACAAAGAAUACAAGGAAUACAUAUGUCCCCAAUCCCUGGUCCAGCAUAUGGAGUAUGUAGCCUCAAUCCGCGCGUAUUCGCCUUCCCUGCGCCUCGCCAACAAGGACUCCUUUGCGAGUGCAGACGACAUUGGUCUGCAAGAACGCCGUGCCAACGAGUGUCUCAAGGGGUAUAUCGCCCAGCCUUACGUCGAGUCGCAAAGCCAGGUGUCACUACUUUGCUCUCGUAGUCGACUACCCUCCGCUACGCCCUUCAGUUCGAUGGACCCGGGCCAUCACAAUCCAUUUGCAGAUCUAGACACACCAUUGCCCAGUUCGAAAAGGAUGAUGAGAAACAGCAAUCCCGCCCUUGCCGUUACCAAAGGCCUUUCGGAAGAGGGAACUGUUACCUCCAGCACCUCGGAAGACUUCAAUCAGUCAAUUGAAGAAAGGCAGAAAAGGACGAAAAAGAGACGAUGGCUGAUCGCUGGAAUUGGUUUCACCCUCGUUGGUCUCAUUAUCGGAGGCAUCAUCACGGGGGCCAUCCUAGGGCGGAACAGAAAGGCAACUGGCGGUAGUGGAGUGGCGACAAGCAAAAAGAACGGCGGCGACGUCGUCAAACAAUCGAACCCCAACGAUCCGAGCACCUUUAUCAAGGAUCCGAAUCUCCACCAAUCAUUUUAUGGGAUCGCCUAUACCCCGGCAGACUCGCAGCUUCCUAAUUGUGGAAACUCUUUGAAGGAUGUUAUCACUGAUAUCCAGCUUCUAUCACAAUUAACCAAACGCAUUCGUUUAUAUGGAGCAGACUGCAAUCAAACCGCCCUUGUACUCGAAGCCAUAAGGCGAACCAAAGUCGAUAUGCAAGUAUGGCUAGGGAACUACCCUGUCGCCACUGACAACGGCGACGCCUACAAACGUCAACGGGACAUAAUCAAGGACGCUAUCUCUACCUACGGCACAGACCACAUUGCAGGCGUGACUGUUGGAAACGAGUUUAUGCUCAACUAUGUCACGGCCCAUGGCGGAGCUAGCGUCGAUCCCAACGGCCCAGUUGCCAACCAAGGCGCCGAGAUCCUCAUUGGCAAUAUCAACGACACUCGAGAUAUGCUGAACUCAAUGGGUCUGCCCAAGACGUUACCAGUCGGUACAUCAGAUGCUGGGAGUUACUUCAACGAUCGAGUUUUGGGUGUCGUCGAUUACGGGCUGGCGAAUGUACACCCAUGGUUUGCCAACGUAUCGAUUGACACCAGUGCAUCCUGGACGGAGGACUUCUUCCAGACGGUAGACGUCGCCCAAGCUCAGGCGCUUCCAAAUCGUCCCAAGAUGUAUAUUGCUGAAACUGGAUGGCCUUCGAAAUCGUCCGAUGCGGCCAAUGAAAGCAAUGGGCCUUCCACUGCGAGCAUUGUGAAUUUACAAAAGUUCCUGGAUACAUUUGUGUGUCAGGCGAAUGCAAAUGAAACGCCUUAUUUCUUCUUCGAGUUGUUCGACGAACCUUGGAAGGACCAGCAAUUUGGUGGUGUUGAGGGCUGGUGGGGAUUGUUCAACGCAGACCGAACAUUGAAGGCCAUCAAGAUACCGGAUUGCGCUGCUCCUUGAAAUCAAUUGCAUUAGACACCUCGCGAUUGCGAAGUACAGAAAUAGAGCGAACUAGAAGCGGUGUAGGGGUUAUAGAGGUGGCAUUUUGUCCCUGGGUUGUCGUUCUUUAUCUAUUCGUUCCCUCAGUUUGGAGCCGGCUUUUGUAACUUUCUAUACCCGUAUAUAUACUUAUUGGUUACUGGCCGUGCUUGAACUGUCAUUUAUUUUUAAACUGUAGUCCAGGUGCCAUAUGCCCUUGGAUAUUGUACAUCGCCGAUUCUGAC